CCGGUGAAAGACGUCAUUUCAUAGAUUUUUGCAAAAUUAUAAGAAAUUCUCUUGCUACCCUUGUGUGGUGUCAGGUGGCCGUUAAAUGAUGGCAGAUUCACCUAAGACAACCAAAGUUGGCACACGGGUGGAAGUUAUUGGUAAAGGUCAUAUUGGGACAGUGGCCUAUGUUGGAACCACACUUUUUUCCAAUGGCAAAUGGAUUGGAGUAGUUCUUGAUGAACCAGUUGGCAAAAACAAUGGCACUGUGCAAGGGAAGACCUAUUUCUCAUGUCCAGAUGGUCAUGGCAUAUUCGUCAGGCAGUCACAGAUCACACCUAUUGAAGGUGUAGGCGAUUCACGAUCAGUUCCCCCUGAUAUUCCCGCCAAGCCGCCUGGCAUCCCUUCGGCGGGGGGUGACGGGAGAACGCAUCUCCCACGCAAGUCUGGAAUUAGACCUCCGAGUUAUGUUGGGAAAAGUACUGAGAACAUUGCUGAGUCAGGCGUUCCGACACCGAAUCCUAAGAAGGAAGCUGCGUCCAAGGUCUCUCCCACCAGUACCCCAACUCCAGCCAAGUCUAGACUGCCACGCAGCAAAGAAGCAACACCUGUGGAUGACAGAGCUUCAGAACCUACUGCGACUCCAGCCAAACCCCAGUCGAAGAUGCCGGUCCAUGCCUCACAGCCUAAAAAGGCCUCCUCCAAAACGGACUUGUCAGCAAAGUCUUCCUCGAAGGACAAUCUUUCUGAAAAGUCCUCUUCCAAGACUGACCUUAGCUCUGGUCAGCAGAUGAGUUCGUGGACGAACCCGGCCACGAUGAGUAAGUCGAUGGACGAAAUGAGUCUGCACCAGCAGCAGGAGAUGGUCGGGUUGAAUGCGGAGAUCAAAGAUCUGAACGAGAAACUGGAAACAUUGAAGUUCAAGCGAGCCGAGGACAAGAUCAAACUGAAGGAAUUUGAGAAAGUGAAAAUUCAGCUGCAGCAGCUCCAAGAAUACAAGUCUAAGAUGACUGAAAUGCACAGUGAUUUACAGAAACAACUUCUGGCUGUUAAAAAUGAAAAGAAGGAAAUCAUGGAGGCAUUUGAUGGUUAUAGGGAAGAAAUGUCUGAUGUGUCGGAGAUGAUUGAGAUUGCAACGCUUGACAAAGAAAUGGCCGAGGAGAAGACUGAGGGUCUGCAGGCUGAAGUUGAUGCCUUGAAAGAGAAGGUGGAGGAGAUUACCCUGGAUCUGGAAAUACUCAGAUCUGAAAUAUCCGAGAAAGGUACUGAAGGUGUAGCUGCUUCGUUCGAGCAGAAACAACUAGAGCAGCAGAACGAGCGACUGAAAGACGCACUAAUCAAGUUGCGUGAUUUGACAAACCAGGAAAAACACGAUGCUGCUAAACUGUCCAAGCAGAAUGAGAAGUUGGUAACCGAGUUAACGGCUCUGAAAAAAGACAAAGACAAUCUUCAGACUCAAGUGACCGAGUUACAGAAUCAGAUAUUUGAACUCAAGGAACAAGUGGAUUCUGCACUUGGAGCUGAAGAGAUGGUUGAAAAACUCACAGAAAGAAAUCUGGAGCUGGAAGACAAAUUGGCUGAGCUUAGAGAAGAAAAUUCAGUUCUGGAGGCACUGAAUGAAAUGAAUGAAGAGAUGCAGGAGAACGCUCGAGAGACAGAGCUGGAACUCCGGGAAGAAGUAGAUCUUGCUAAUGUCAAGGUUACGGAGAUACAAAGAAAACUGGAAGCCUCCCUUGAGACAAUUGCUGACUAUGAGAAAACCAUCAACAAGUUCCGAGAGCUAGUGGCUCACCUGCAGGAAACGAACCGUGAGUUGAUGAGCAAGCAGCAAGAAUCUGACCAGAAGGCUCAGAGUACACCCAGUCUUGAGAUGUUCGACUUCAAGAUGAAGUUUGCUGAGACCAAGGCGUAUGCAAAGACUAUUGACAUGGAGCUGCGUAAGCUAGAAGUGCAACAAGUGACGGCUCAUGUUCAACUACUGUUGUCCUUCAUGCCAGAUUCAUUCAUGAAGAGAGGAGGUGAUCAUGAUGCUAUCAAUGUACUGCUAAUGGUGCCACGUGUCAUCAACAAGGCUGAGCUGUUGUCCUCUCAGAUCAAAGACAAGUUUGACGUUGUUGAUCGUAUUGAGCGGGAGGACGUUCUCAAGAGCCACAAGGGGGAUCAGUGCAGCUUUGCCAAUCAGAUGAUUCUCUUGGUGAAUACCCUGCAGAGUGUCAUGAGGCAGUAUGAAAGUGCUCUUCAAACCUGCAGUGUAGAGUUGUUCACCAAGGUGGGCACGUUGGUUCCUGAGAUGUCGGCCCAUGAGAAAUCGAUUGAUUACUACAUCGACCUGCUUCGAAAAGAUCAGCUGGACGAAACCGUAUCUUUGGAUUUACUAGAAAAGUCCAUCAGCUUCUUCCAGCAACUAUACAGUGUGCACCUGGUUAAUGAAAAGGUAGACUGUACAUCACUGAUGGCUGACCAAGUUCGACUGGUUCUCAGUGCCUGUGACUGUAUUACUACGGACAUCACAAGACUUAAAAUUCUCCUCAUGCCUGGUCAAGAACAAAGUGAGUUUUCCAUCUUACUGCGAGACUUGGAAACCUGCAACAAUGACACACGAAUGUGUGCUAGGAAGAUAAAAAGAAGACUUCCACAAGAAGGAUCAGCGAUUGUGACACCCUUGAAGUUUGUAAAGGAGAUACAAGACUUAUUGUUGGACAGCUCUAGGAACAUAACCAAUGUCUCAAAAACACUAGCAUUGGUAGCACACGGUGCCAUGCAGCAAGCCUCUAUCAUGACAGGGGGAAACCUCAGUGUGGAGACCUAUACUGAUGCUGAGGGUCUCAUGCCAAAGAAGAUGGAAGAACUUGCAUACCAGGCUGUAGACAAAAUCUACAGUAAAGAAGACAAUGGGCCUUACGAAUGUCUCAGGUUGUCGUUUGGAACUGUUGUUGGAACAAUGAACCAGCUGGCUAAUGCAAUGGAGAAUGGUGAAUAUGACUUUGAUGGGACCCACGACAAAAAGAUUGUGGCGCCGGUACGUCAGCGAGCGAACACGGUGAAGGCCCAGAUUGCCGACACGGAGGUGAUGAAGUACAAGCUGGACAACAAAGAGGAGGCCAUCAUGGAUCUGAAGAAGCAGCUCAAGCUCAAGCAAGAAGAGAUCAGCGAACAGCAAGUGCGGAUCAGUCUGCUUGAGCGGAAAUUUGAAAACGCCACACGCGGCUCGAAUGAACAGGUGGACAAAAUGAAGAGGAAACUCGAUGACGCCAUGAUCCAGUUUAAGAAAAAAGAAAAAGAACUUGAAGACACCCUGGAUGUCUUGCAGGGUGACAUCGAUGUCCUUGAACGUGAGAAGCUGGAGCUGAAGGAACGACUUAAAGUGUUGUCGAAGAAAACUCUCCUGGAAGGUCUCACGCGUCAGUCGUCUGGCAUGUCAGCUAAAUCCAAAAAGAAGGCUACCUCCCCAUCCGGGUCUUUCUCUGGAGUCUUUCCCGGAACGCCUUCCCAGGAGUCGCCACUUCUUUUACAGCAGAAUGAAUGUCUCCGAGAAGCAUUACGUGUUGUGAAGAAUGAAAAUAUUCGCCUGACUGCAGAUAAAUUAAAGAAAACUAUGGCUUCUCUGCCCCCACUUAAGGUUCCAAAGAAGCCAGUAGGACUGGCAAGUCCCACAGGAUUAGUUUCCGUUGGUCAGCUGCCAGACUCGACUCUCGGCAAGAACGAGAUAAACAUACUGCUUAAGAAAACCUCCACUUUACUGGCUGAUGCCAAUAAGCUGAGUGCCUGCUGCAGAGUGAUUGAUAUCAGCAAGAAGAAGCCUGGCGUGAAGCCCACAACAGAGAACACCGGUCCCGCCAAACAGCUAGUGGAGCAGACGGCAUCGCUUGUCUCCCUUAACAAGCAGAUACAAGAGGUGCAGGUGCAGAUUACUACGUUGUUGGCAUCACACCGACCUGGAGGCCAGGUCCGCACAGACUUCGCUACUUUCCCAACACCACAGUUUGCUAAGGUUUUGCAUGAAAAGGGUGGUGACAGUCAGCUGAUUGGCCGAGUCAGUGUCCCAGUUCCCGGACAAAAUGAAGUUAUUCCAGUGAGCGUCACGAAAGAUCUACUCCGACAAAUACAUCUCAAACUGAGCAUGUAGACAGAACAAGCUAGUUAAAGCUGCCGUCUCGCCGCCACAUCUUAUAAUAUUAGUUCCCAUUACAAACACAUCAGAUUCUACUGUUUCAAUAAACUUGACAAUGUGUGCUUUUACUCUAAUGUUGGUUCCCAUUUUAAAAUAUAAACACAUCUACUAUGGUCAGCUGUCUUAGGUACAACAAAUGAGUCUUCAGCUAUUAUUAUAGAGAACAGUAGAGAAAGUUUUCUAUGAAUCAACUGUUGAAUGGCAUUCACUGUUCAUGAUGUUCAUCAUUCUUGGCAGAUGAAUACAUUCAUACAUAAUCAACUACAUUAACAACAGCAUCAGUACAUUAUUCCAUGCCCUAGAUUAACAACGGCAUCAGUACAUUAUUAUUUAACAGCAGCAGUUCAUUAUUAUAUGACCUAGAUUAACAACAGCAUCAGUACAUUAUUAUUUAACAGCAGCAGUUCAUUAUUAUAUGACCUAGAUUAACAACAGCAUCAGUACAUUAUUUAAGGAUGGGAAUUCUCCUCGGAUCAAAAGGAAGAAAAUGUUUUAUUUAAUGACACACUCAACACAUUUUAUUUACGUUUAUAUGUCGUCAGACAUGAUUAAG